AUGUUCGUUCAGGGUAGCAUUCUGCGACACAGUUGCACGCUCGGAAAACGGAACUCGAGCUUCGCUGGUGGUGUUGCGGUAAGCACGGCGGCGCCAACCGCAGGGCUCGCCGCUGCCCGGACGCUGCGGUUGCGGACGCGUGGCUUCCGGUCGCUUGUUGCCGUGCAUCAAGCAACGAGUGGCACGCACUCUAUCAAUUCAUAUACGACGGGCGGCCCAGUCCAGGCGCUCGGGCGAUAUGUACUUGUUCGACUGGACCGCAAGGAGACACAAACCGUUGGUGGUAUCGUGCUGGCGGAGAGCGCACAGGAGAAGCCUUCUCGGGGCACAGUGGUGUCUGUUGGCGGUGGUGCUUGGCACCCGAACGCACCAGUCAAAAUGCCUAUGGCUGUCAAGCCGGGUGAUGUUGUGCUCUUUGGAAAAUAUGGAGGAACCGAGGUAAAAAUGGACGACGAGGAUCACGUCUUUGUCUCGAUGGAUGACAUCCUCGGUGUAUAUGAUGGAGGCAAAGUCGACGACCCGCAGGCUUUGAAACCUGUGUUCGAUCGCGUGCUCGUUCAAAUGGAGAAGAAAACCGAGAGGCGGAGUGCAAGUGGUAUUAUCGUUGCACCCACAGCGAGCGUUGAUGAGGACGCCAAGGCCGGCCGAGUCGUCGCUGUUGGCCCGGGUCGUUUUAUGGUGAACGGCGAGUAUGAGCCAGUGCCCGUCCAAGUCGGUGAGUGGGUCAUGUUUCGCAAGUACAGCGGCUCGGAGGUGAAGUUUGGCGACCAGGAAUACAACGUUGUGCGGAUUGCAGAUCUGCUGGCCAAAUGGAAAGCGUAG